AUGUUCGGUCAAUGCAUCCCGAAAACAGCUGAUCCUGUCGAUAUAGAGAUCAAAUACACGAAACUAUGUUUGCUGGUCGAAAAGGAGCAACAGGAACACGAAGAAACCAAAAACAAAUUGGUUGACAAAGAUGUAGAGCUCAACGCAGCCACUGAAUUUGCAAGAAUUGCUACAGAGGAAAAUAGAACACUCCAAUAUGAUCGUCAGAUGAUGUUCAGAAAUAUCGCUGCUAUUAAGGAUCGUAAUCGAGUGAAUGCUAUUGAAUAUAAUAGGACUAUUAAUAGUUUGAGAGAGAAACUACUAGAUGUGGAUAAAGAUGCACGAGCUCCACUUCUUGAACUCAAUGCACAAAAGGACGCUGAAAUUUGUGAAUUGGAGAAUACGAUUGAGGAAAUGCGCAAGCAUAACCCAGUUCUUCAAGAACUACAGAUAAUCAAUGAGUUGAGAACUGAACAUGAGAAGGAUAAAGAAGAAAUCAAGAAUUUAAAUGAAAAAAUGAAUAAAGUUCGCAACAGGGAAGUCGAAUCAAACGAACGUUUCCAUAGAGAAAUCGCAGAGAAGGACGCGUGGAUUCAGAGUUUGUUGCAUUAUCAAGAACCUGAAGUGAAAGAAGAUUUCAAAGAGAAUUAUCAAUUGGAUGCCAAUGAAUCAUAUCAACAACAUUAUCAUUCCACACAAAAUAAUCUACAGGAGCAACAACUCUAUCAAAGGGAUGUGAGAUGUUUGAAUGAACUCAAUCAAGAUGAUGAGCAGCUGGCUCGUAACUUCGGAAAUCAACUUUGCAUUGACGAUGCACAGUUCGCAGGAAAUAAUUUCCAUAAUAUUCAAUGA